AAAAAGAGAAAGGAAAAAGAGGAGAAGUAACAAGAUCAAGAUCACACAACUAUUACCAAACAAAACCACAGACAUGGCGGCAGGAGGGCGGCAGGAGGCACUGGCACUCUACAAGGCACUGCUGAGAGAGAGCGGGAAGUUCACCUCGUAUAAUUACAGAGAGUACGCCCUGCGGAGAGUUCGUGAUGGAUUCAGGAAAGCGAAAUCCCUCACAACAGAAGCUGAUCAGAAACGUGAAUUGGAGAUGGCCAAGGAAUCUCUACAAGUCAUAAAAAGACAAGUUGUGAUAGGAAACCUGUACAGAUCUCCAGCCCUGGUGAUUGAAAAGUAGACUACCGGCCAGGCAGAUGUGUGUAGCUGUGUGUGUUGAGGGAGUGAGUCAGUGUGGCAGGGAGUGUUGUGAUGUGUGAAUGUGUGUCAGGGCUGGGUGAGAUCCAUUGCAGCUCUUAUGGCACUGAUGAUAUUACAAUCCCCAUCUUCACUGUGACUUCCUCAACACUCUGUAUAUUGCAAUGAUAUAAAUUAAAUGACUGCUCACAGAAUUUGAGUUGGUAAUAAGUUCAAGACUUGAUUUAUUUAGUUUUAUGUGUUUUCCAGUGGUGUCACUGCCAGUAACCUUGUUAUCAUGGUCUGAUGUAAACACUGGGUUGUCUACCUAAUUGUCUUCUGUUAUGUAUAAAGUAUAGUCAUUUUGAUAAUGUAAUGAUCAUUAUCUCAUGAUUUGUCAGUAUAUAAUUGAUUCUCUUAGUCCAAUACAUAAUUUGAAUAGUUUUCUUAUUUUAGCAUAAACGUCCUGCUUGUAUAUGGACAGCUUGGUUGUUAUGAAUUAGAUCUUUACGUUGUAAUUGGAAUAAAAUCACUAGUGUUUUUUGUUGAGAUUUUCUUAAAGAUAUUUAAAGAAAUUAUUUGACAGAUUCAGAAAAAAUAUAUAAAGAUGUUAAGGUAAUGAUGUUACUCAUAGUAUGUUCUUCAUGUGUAAAUACUGAACUUGUAUACAUAAAUCCUCAUGAAAUGGUGCAUAAAUAUCUAUGGUUGAUUUUCACAGACAUUGUUCUGUCAGCCCAGGAUGAUCCAGAGAUUGUCUGCCAUAUUUUCUGAUGCAGACAAAAAAGGAAUAUAGUGAUCUUAUUUCAAUUUACUCAUUUCUUCUCAGUUCAAAAGAAAUAAGGAGUGUAAAGAACCUAGCAUAUAUGUCACCUAUCUUCCCUACAAUUAUCUUGGGACUUGCUGAGUGAUGCAUCCAAGGUCAGGUGUGUUUGAGGGCCGUGCACCACCAAACACUGGCCAAGCAAACGGCUAAGCAAAGAAACCUCAAGCACAUCAGAACACCUCAAAAACUAAAAUGAUUGGAACUUAAUUGGAACUCUUUCUACUGAUUCAUCUUUUUGUGGAACUGGUAAUUUUAUUUAUUUAUUUAUUUACAUGUGGAAAAAAAAAAAAAGCUAUUCAUCUGCUUUUAAGGAUAUUUCUCAUGAGUCCACCUUUAUAUAAGAUAUCCUCAUGAGUGCAAGUGUAUGUAGAGUUUGUGUUCAUGAUAACAGUGACUAACUAUUAUUAGCAUUGUUCCAGUUCACAUCUGUAAAUGCUUAUGAUCUGCUUUGAUGCUAGAAGUACAUAGAAGGAAACCAGUACCCCUUGAUGUCCCUUCUGUACAGCCUUUGAAGCACCAAGAUAAGACAAAAGUAAUCAACAUGAAUGUAAUAGUGAAGUAGAAGACACUGCAUUGGGUGUCUUAUCUCUCAGGGUGUGAGUGGCAUAGGUAGCAACAACCUCACUCAUAGAUGUAGUCAAUCUCAUCAAUAACUAUGCACUUUUUGUAACGUCUUUAAUUACCACAUAACAUUACUGUGGAUGCUGUGACCACAGUUGAUUCUUAUUUUGAAAGCUAUUGGCUGACUCACAAAGCUCGUAUGUCAUUGUGGCUGCUAAUGCCAGUGUUUCAUUGCUUCUUAUUUAUUUAAAACAUCCCCUCCCCACAAAGCAAUGUCAUGUCACACCAACCAUUUUAUUUAAAUGUAAAUAGUGCACAUUUAUACAUGAAUAAAAGCAUUUUAUACA